AUGUCCGCCCACCGCAACCCCUCGGCAUUGCUACUGCUGCCCCCACCUCCAGCCUUCUCUUUUGAGCAGGUCAAAGAGACCUUUGAGCCAUCCUUAAUUGAUGUCUUUACAAAGCUCUCGGAGGGCUUGGACGGUUCCAAAUUAUAUGUGCUCGACAUUGCACUGGCUGUUCCUAUCCCUGCCGAGGGCAAACCUCGGGCCAAGGUGUUUGCACAGCUCCAGCAAUAUCUGACGAGCAUGUAUAGUCUGGUUGGUGCAAUCUGUGCAACGCACAGUAUUGAGCUUGACGCCCCAGGUGGAAUCGAUGCCCGGGUGGUAUUUGUCGAAGUGAAUGGGAACCCUUGUGCCGAGGCCUCUGAUAGCCCUCGAUUUGGACCCGUCCUCGACCUGCGGACACUGGCGAAUUCUGGACGCGAGUGGGAUCACAUCUUCCAUCUUGGCAAUUCACUCGGUAGAAAAUUGGCUCUUUCGUUUGCUGGAGCUCAAUCUCCGGUUGAUUGGAAGGCACGGUCGCAAGCCAUCACAAGCAAUCCUGACUGGACAGUUCCUGCACCCUUGCUAAUUCCUGACAACCAACCAUCUCACCUGCACUCAUCCGUGAUUGUGGGGGGUACAUUUGACCACCUUCAUCUCGGUCACAAGCUUCUCCUGACGGCCGAAGCACUCGCCUUGGACCCAUCUGAUCAGGAAGCCCGCUUGAUCGUUGGGGUGACUGGAGAUGCACUCCUUGUGAAUAAAAAGCACUCCGAGUUCCUCGAGGAUUGGGAGCAGCGUUGGACGAAUACUGCUUCUUUCCUCGCGGGCAUUAUGGAUUUCUCCCCAGGGGGCCAAUCACCCGGGAUUGAACGCUCCGAUACACCUAAGACUGUCCUCGUUAAGAUCCAACCCAAACUGACCUUUGAAUUUGUGGAAAUCUCAGAUCCAUUUGGCCCCACCAUCACAAAAGAAGAUAUUGAUGUGAUUGUCGUGUCUAGAGAGACUCGCUCGGGGGGAGCCGCGGUCAACGACGAACGAAUCAAGAAGGGCUGGAAGGCUCUGACGGUCUUCGAAGUGGAUGUACUCCAGGCCGGGGAAUCAGUCACAGCCACUGACCUGGAGAGCAAAAUCAGCAGUACUGAGAUCAGACGGCGCCGGGCUCAUCUCGCAAAGGUCUAA